AUGCAUUGCUUUUUUGCUGAGCUGGAGCCGUCUAUUCCCGUCACGGAACAAAACCUGGCAGACCGAGUUCGGUACAUCAUGCGCUCGAAAAUAUUCGAUGAUGCCGAACUCGAACGACUACGACGUGAGGCCAUUCCCUCAUCGAAUGAAUUGGCUACGGCUGGGGAUGCGGCUCCUCAGGCGACAGACCAGUUGCCACGCGUAGAAGCCGCCAUGGAUCUUCCAGUUGUGGUUGAUUCAGAUGAUGAUGAAAUGGUCUCCCACGAACUAGAGCAAAUGAGGAGUAUAUUGGAAGAGGCGAUUUUGGAAACGCGCAGCAUGCCUCUCGAAAAUCGACCGCGACUUCCCCGCAUACCUCUAAGCAAGCGAAAUCGGGCUGUCGUGAGGGCUCUUAACCCAAUGCUGGUAACCUAUUUGGAAGCCAGCCGGGACCUUUGCGAUACGGACUCAGUUCUUUUUUGGCGCCGCAGUGGCAGCUUGCCGUAUUAUUGGCGCCAGACUUCCCAUGGCUGGAUGCGCUACUAA